AAUAUUCCGACGGUCAUGAAGGCAGCGUCAGACUGCACUGCAUACGCGCCGUGGCGGAGAGGGAAGAUGGCGGAGAAUAAUGUCGAACCAGACCACGAAUGGAGCGAUCGGGCCCUGGACACGGCCGAAGACACCCUGGUUGCAAUGGAAACCUUGCUGGCCACACUGAGAGCAUUUGAAGACGUGCUCAGGCAACAAGACAUAUCCAUAGCAUCCUCCACGGAGUACUGCGACAACUUCUGUCAGGCACUGAUGCACUAUGCUGGGAGCAGGAACUCCAUGGAGCAUGGUCUUCCUCUACUGGAGGUCUACUGCCUGUCCAUAAACUGUUUUGCUGCAGCCCGGUCCCACCUCACAGCUGAGUCUGACAGAGUAGCACUUGUUUUGAAGAGACUAGCAUUGAGCUGCUUUGAACUGUUGCUGUCAGUGCCUGAGAAUGAAAUCCCGUAUGAAGCGUGGGUUCAGUUUCACCAAUCUGUUCAGAUUGCCCAUGAUAACUUGAUACAGUAUGGCAGCACAGACCUUCAAGCUUUACUUCAGAUCACAGGAGAAGGAGGAGCAUGGAGCAACCCCGUCCUUUCAGCACUCCUCACUGGCCAAGCCACUAACACAGAAGAAGUUGAUGCAUACAUCAGCUUGGAGGGUGAAGGCUUCAUGGAGAUGCGGAUGAAGCACCUGGAGAAAAUGGGGGAAGUUGCUAAGGCAGUUGUGCUGGCUAAAGCUUGCACUGAAUGCAGCUUUAUCUCAAACCAAGCUACUUUUCGUCAAACUUACGUCUCCUUGCUGUGUCACCUGCUGCCCAAUGAAGAAGCCAUCAUGGAGAUAUCCAGACUCGACUGUAAGGAUGUACUAGAGGUCACAUGUAAUCUGGAGACAGAGGGGGAGGAGAACACAGCGUUCAUCUUGUGCACAACUUUCCUGACCCAGCAGCUCCAGCAGCAGAGUCUCUACUGCUCAUGGGAUUUGACUCUGUUGUGGAGUAAACUCCAGAAAAGAAUCGACCCCUCGUUGAUGUCUCUUCUAGAACGCUGCCUUCAACUAGGUGCCAUUGCCAAAACAGUCUCACAUUUGCUUUACCUGGUUCGCGUCAUUCAGUCAGAGGCUCAGGAGAUGGGGGUACCUGCCUCAGUAGAGCUGUGUGUCAAAGCCCUACAACUUCCAAAGCAGGAUGACUCUGAAACGAGGAUCUCCGUCUGCAAGAUGGUGUCCAGCCUUCUUUCAGAAGACCUUGAAGUGUUGCGUGCCUGUCAGCUCACAGAGUUCCUGCUGGGACCCAGCCAGGAGGCCUUUGGGUGCCUUGAAGAGCUUUACUUGCGUCCAGACCAAAAGUAUGAUGAGGAAAGUGAAGUUAUUCCCAACUCGCUACGCUGUGAGCUGCUGCUAGCACUUAAAGCAUACUGGCCUUUUGACCCUGAAUUCUGGGACUGGAAAACUUUAAAGUACCACUGCAUCUCCCUCCUGGGGUUGACACCAGAGUCAGAAGGAGAAGAGGAGGAGGCUGUGGACAAACAAGAGAAAGAUAAACAACAGGAGCUGCAGGGGAUCACGUUGAAAGUUGAACCGCAGCAUCAAAAGAUUAAUGGAAGUCUUGAUGGUCAAGAGCCACAGGAUAAAAAGCAGUCUUCUAGUAUACCAGAAAGAAAAGCAGGAGAUUCAGAUGCAAAGAAAAUCAAGUUUCGCUGUCAGAUUUGUAAGAGGUCGGUCAGUGACACCCAGAUCAUUCACCACUCCAAGAGACAUGCGGCAGAGAGCUGCAACCCCUGCCCAGUGUGCUUGGAGAAGUUCAAGAGCAGAAAGGAUCUCGUUCCUCAUAUGAAACAACAUAUUCAGAGUAAGACUCAUCCAAACAAGAACAGUGUAAAGAAAGAGGAUGAGCAGAAACAGAUGGAGGAGGAGGAUGAUAUCGAACCCGGUGAGAUCACCAUUGACCCUUCUUUAAUUCUGUAUUACAAAUCCACACAUGAUCCAGACGUGCUUCACCACAUUGUGGAGCAAACAAAAACUGUUAAGGAGAAGCAAGUAGACGAUGACGAGCAUGUAACAUUCAGUUACAUCGAGCAACACUUUAAUCUUCAGAACAGGGACGAGUACCAGUGCCCAGGAACCGGAUGCACUCGAGUUUUUAAGCAUUCCAAGUACUUGUAUGUCCAUUUGAAGUCGGAGCACAAAGGUGAUGACAAUGUGAAGUUUUUCCAUCAGAUGAGAGACAAGAGGGAGAAGUGUGUUUUUUGUAGACGCCACUUUGUCUCUGCUUACCAUCACCGCAAACAUCGAAGAGUUCACUACGGUGACCAGCCCUACACAUGUGUGGUUAUGGGUUGCGGUGCUAAGUUUAGUACUUCCAAUGAGCUCGUCAUGCACAAACAGACUCAUGGCUAUCACCUCAACUACCAGUGUGAGCUCGAAGGCUGUUUCGUAACGUACUCAGACUUGGGACAGAUCUACCACCACGAGGCGCAGCAUUUCAGAGAUGCUGCAUUUACUUGUGUUAGCCCUGAAUGUAGAAAAUACUAUUUGUCUAAAAAGGAGUUCAUAAAGCAUCUAUCCACGCACAACAUCACCUUCACUGAGGACGACUUCGAGGCUCAGAGGAAGGCAAGGCGGAAACUUCUAAAGCAAAAGAGGGUUACUGAAGGGACAGCCCCCCCUAAUAAGUCAAGUGACACAGUAGAGAUUGUAAAUGAAGAUGUCCAAGACUCUUCUAAAGCAAGUGGUGCCUCUGUCCAAGCAUCUGAGACCAAGGAGCCUAAACCAACAAUGACUUUGGUGGCAGUGUGUUUCGAUGGAAGUAAGUUCACAUGCGGUUUCGAGAAGUGUGGCAUGACUUUCUCCAGAGCCAGAGAUGUCCAGAGGCAUCUUAAAUGUGCCCACCCAGAACACCUUAAACUAGAGAACAAAGAACACAAUCACGACAAGGAGCAGGGCUCAAAGUCCAAAGGAUUCAAGACUGAACCUGAACCAGACAUUGAGGAAAGGGACAAAAAUGAGCCCUCAGCUCCUUCUCAACAGAAAGAGAUCGUUAAAGAAAAAAAAGGAUCCUCUCAUCACAAAAUCAGUGACACAAAAUCUUCAAGUCUUCAUGCAAAGAAUGAUUCUCUGAAAGAAAUACUUCUUGGCCUCAGUAAACUGGACCUGAACGCCUCAUCACCUCAAAGUGAUGGAAGUGAUUCCCCUCAGUUGACCCCUGAACCUGAUGCAGCACAAAUAGCUCUUCAUCAGGCGAUUAUGGCAAAGCCUGCUAUGGUGUCGCCUCAGAAGGUCGCUUCGAACAUAUCGAAGGAGACGGUACAAGUUAAAACUGAACAACUAUCUGCUGAUGAAGAAGCCCUGGCUGAAUCAUUAGCCAAUGCCAAGCCGUAUAUCUGUGAAGUGAAAAGCUGUGGCUUUAAGACAGCUCAGAGUUACAGCUUACUGCGACACUACAACACCAGACAUGGCCGCACAGUCGAACAGGCCAAAAGGUUGACUUCUUUGAAAACUACUUCUUUUAAGCCUUACACCUGUCACCUUUGUUCCAAGAGUCACAGAGAGAAACAUGUACUGAGGGCCCACUAUGUUCAGGUACAUAACCUGAGUGAGACUUUUCUGAACAGAAUAAGCUGUACGGCUGUACGCCUCGAAGGAAACAAAGACCCCGCAAAGCAAACAUAUCAGCACUUAACCAGUUUAAAAGAUAAAAAGAAAGAGAUGCAUAAGCUGCAGCCCCAACAGGACUCAAAAAACUCAACCAUGAUGAGGGAAAACGGACAAAACACUGACAAUCAAUCUCCAUCUGAAGAGGAAGGAGACGAUGAAGCAGAGAAUAGAGAGGAAGGGGAGCAGCAGAAAGAGGAAAGUGAGGAUAGGAACCAGCAGCAGGUCAGAUCUACAAGACGAUUGGUGGCCAAAAGUAAUCUCUGCUACAUAUUGGAUAAAUUCAGUAAACCUUUUCAUUGUGUUGCAAAAAAUUGUGAUGCAGCAUUCUCCACCCAGGGAGGCCUGGUGCGCCAUCUUCAGUUAGUACAUCACUACAACCGCUCUCAGCUCUUGUUGGAGAAAGAUUUCGAUGCACAUCCCAGUCCAGAAGUCAGAAAAGAGCCUGUCAAGAAAAGAUCUCCCCCAAACUUGGAUGAACCUCAACCCCAAUACAAAUGUCACUUUGCCAACUGUAGUGCUUCCUACCACCUUAAAAGUAGCCUGGUGCGCCACACUCGUGACUGCCACACACACCCAUCAGAGCUGAUAAGAUGCAAGUACGAAGGCUGUACAAGAGUGUUCACCCAUGACAAUGCACUUAAAAAACAUACUCUUUAUAGCCACUUCGAGUACUAUGACUCACUGGUGGUACGUCUCCAAAGCACUCACAAAAAGUCAAUUACUGGAUGCCAAAAGAAGCUUAUCGUCGCGCCAUCGAGUCCUCAGAAAGAAGAGGCUGGUUCAACCAAUGCACAGGCAGAGACGUCAAGUCCCGAGCCUGAAAUUACAGAUCACUCCAAGGAAACCAGUGAGGAGAGUUCUGAGGCAAGACAACAGGCAAGAGAACAGAAGCGGAAAAAUUAUGGAUACGACUGUUUUGUCUACAGAUCUCAUGAAGAAGCACUUCAGUUGUGCCAGGACCGAUGUUUGCGUGUGUCUUACCCAUGCAUGGUUCAGGACUGUGACUCCGUGGUCACGUACAUGGGAAGCUUACACCGUCACUACCUGAGGGUUCACCGCAUGCGUCAAGGUGAUAUUAUGAAGAAUGAAGAUAAGCUUGUUUUUAAUGCUGAGCAGCUGGAGGAGCUGAUUCAGAGGAAGUCAGCCAGGCCAACAGUGACAGGAGAAUGUGUCCUUAAUGGGGUUCACAAAAUGGAGUAUCAGGCAGAACCAGAAAACCCAGAGGUGCAGCCAUCACCCAUGAGCUUACACUCCAUCAAGACAGAGACUCUAGAGGAGGAUACACAUGAUCCGCAUGCAAUCCCAGAGGGGGGGGAUGAGGAGCCACCACCUGUUGAGAGAAAUGGUGUCCUUGUGGGGGCAGAUGAGGUGCUUUACGGUGAACCAAGCACCGUUGAGAUUGCCGAAGAUUCACCUGCAGCAGCACCGAACAGUCAAAUACAGGAGGAGAGAUUAAGCUUGGAUCAAAUCAAACCUCUCCUUCGUCCUUUGACUGUCGACCUCUCACCACCGUGCUCAAUACGCUUUCCUGCCGAGGAAGGCUUCCAGGACCUGUCAAGCACCAAGGAUGGUGGUAAAAAGUUGAACAGGUCGGCUCCGUCACCCACUCCUCCUGUCCGCCAGCCACUUAAAAGGAAAAAUGAACUUUCUGAUCAGCCAUCAAACUUGAAAGAUGCUCUGCCUUGCAGCCCUUCUCAACGCCCUUUUGACAUCGCCGCCUAUAAGCCCAUGGGCUUUGAGUCCUCUUUCCUGAGGUUCAUACAAGAGACAAAGGACAAAAAUGAGGUCAUAGUGAAGCGACGAGACUCUUUUAAACGCAGUUGUUCUGUGAAGGAGAACAACCAGCUGGGAAUAUCCCACAAUCGCAGCAGACGCACUCAUUCCCCACUGCUGAAGCCCCACACUGUGACUGGAGACUUCACAUCAAUCCAAAACUUGAAGUCCAUCUUGGACAAAGCCCUGGCUGGGUGUGGGGACCUGGCUAUUAAACAGCUUCAGUACCUCAGACCUGUGGUGGUCCUAGAGAGACCUGUGUGCACCACCACUCUGCCUGACCUCUUCCCAGCAGAGACUAACAGCAAACUGCUUCUUGGAAGUUAGUUUAGCUGAGCACCUUUUUAACAUAGCUACAGCAAAUUAUUUGUAUUUUCACAAGUUGUAUAUCAGUGUUUUCCUUUACUUCCAAAAUAAUAGUAUUAAGUUUUUUGCUGUUUUUUUUAAGUUGCCAAACAUAAGAAUAAAAGUACUUAGCAUAAAGAUAAAAAAAAAACAAGCUUCAACAGUGCCCAUUAAAUCAGAGUGGACUUUAUUUAGACUUCUGUUGUAAAAAGAAAAACACUUGGAUAAUGUUUGUUAUGUUAAAUCAUGAUGUGUAAAUAAUGUAGUUCUCUGAGAUAAAUGUACAGAUUUUUUGAUUGUUUGAAAUGGUCAGUAGCGUAUUGCAAGGCCUUUUGUUGUGUGAAAAUGUGACUAAAAUACAUUUCCUUACUACAAAUUUCUUGAGGAAUAUGUUUUGUUAUUUUUCACCUCAGUUAUAAUCAGUGUUGGGAUGCAGUGGACAGAUGUUGGCAGACAUGUAUGUAACACUUUCUAAUAAAAUAAAUGUGGAAACGAUAUAUAAAGCCCUCACUUUCAAAA